GAGGGGAAAACUACAAAGCGCAAACUGCUGCGCUCUGCGGCUAAAUGAAUAUCAGUCCAGCGUUGAUCGCCGGCGAAGGCGGAUCUUCGUUGUUGUAAGAAUUCAUUUGAGAGGAAAAAAAACGGAAAGGAAAUAAAGGAAGAGGAAAAAAGUCGAACUCGAGAACAACACUCGGAUGAGAUUUGAAACGCGAACGAGCCGAUACACGAGACGUAAGGCGCGCCAUUUUCCACGAAUGUUUGGAGAACGUCUCUACUGCUAUUCGAACGAGAGUGAAACGCGAAACGGGAAUGGCCAAGUUACCUGUUUCAAUCGGAUUUCGGGGAGAUAAAAGGAGCAAUUAGGAAAGGAGAUCGCGGAGGAAACACGCGUGAUAUUGAGCAACGUCGUAACGCUCCGAAGCGGAAUCAAAGCUCGGAGGAAACACCGUUGCACCGAUCAUUUUGAUAACGGAGCUUCGAUGAGUAAGAAAAUCUUUAUGCGCCACUCAUCCAGGAUUCCAUGAUCGGAGCAGUUGAAAGAGCCCCAACGGAAAGAGCCUGAACGAGAGGGAAAGAGAAGAGUCAGUGUUACUUUCACUCGGAGAAAUGUCAUCUGUCAAAUCAUCUUCGGAGAUAAUUCGUCCUCCGGGUGAAAACGACGGAGACUCGUAGCCCCGCGGUCUCUCGAUUCGUGCAGUGAAAACUCGAGGGAACGUGAAAUAACGAAAUACCAUCAUUGAAAUACCAAAUAAUUUUACAUCCUGGAGGAUCGAUCGCAUUAGAGAGGCAAAACAGAAUCGUUUUAUCGUCCACUUUUUCUACAACACACACGAUCCCAGUGAAAUAAGAGUGCUGAUUAAUCGUAAUUACGUUGUCAAAUUUCUAGAGAAGGAGAGCCAAAUAAAACGAAGCAGUUUCGUCAAAUUGAGUGUUUUUGUGAGCAAGACCGAGGCAGAUAACGAGAUAUAAAUAAAUAUAAGGUAGAUAGAUAGGUAGAUAGAGAAAAAUAAGGGAAAAAAUAGAGACGCGUUAAUCUUGACUUAUGACAAGAGGGAUAUGUUCGCAACUGUCAGUGGCUCGUGGUACAAUGUCGAUGCCUCCUCAUGAUGCUUCGAGGAGACGCGGUGGCAGCAGCACCAGCACGAGCAGUUAGGAUCAACCGGUGUUGUGUGAAUCGCGAAAUAUUCUCGGAUAACAAGUCGUCGAUAUUAGGAUCGUUCGCCUUCGGAUCCUUCGUACCAUCGAGAUCGGUGUUUCCUCGAUGGCAAAUUAAUGCCACUUCUUUCAGAGCGCUCGUUAACGAGACAACGAAGAAAUCUCGUAAUCGGCCCGUGCGAUAUUUCCUCGGAGCUCGAGUUAACGACGUCCCUCUUCUUCUCGCUGUGUUCCGCGUCGCCAUCGUAAAUCCUGGAUAAACGGAAGACAAACGACGUUGGUAAACAAACAGAGAAAUAACGCUUGUUAUCUCGGCGGAGAUAGCGCGGUGCGCUCCGCUCGUAUCGCUUAUCGGACGAGUCGACGAUAUUCGAGGGGGAAAACAAAGAGAAUCCAGUCACUCGGCUAGAAGCACUCGACAACAAAAACUCUACUGGUACGAGCAAUUGGGGAAAAGAAAAACGACUAGAAAAAUGGUUGGAAACUCAUCAAUCGUGCUGUUCUCGCGCACAGCAUCGAUUUACUUGCCAUUAUCAUCCGUAUCCUCGAUGAUCAUCCUCGCAGUCGUUCAUCAGCGUACGUUCUAGGCAACUUGCCGUGUGCAGGUGACCACGUGACGACGAGGGUAACCAGCACACACGUACACGGGGCUCUCUCUACGAGGCCCCCCCUCUCUCUCUCUCUCUCUCUCUUUCUCUCCAUCCCACUUCGUUCUUUUCCUCCCCCCCCUGCCCCUUUCUCUCUCUCUCUCUCGCCACGUCUCUUCUUCACUCCCUAGACUUCUCUCUUCCUGUGGCAUUCUUCCUUAAACACCGGUUACGACGCCAAUCGGUGCGUUAAGAGAGAAAAUGAAACGCUGCUGGACCCUCAUGGCGGCGAUCGCCCUUGCCGCAUCGGGGCUGGUAAGUGGCGGCUUACAUGAGAAGCAGCUGCUAAAGGACCUCCUGGAUAAUUACAACGUGCUGGAGCGGCCUGUGGGCAAUGAGUCCGAGCCCCUCGUGUUGAGCUUCGGCCUCACUCUAAUGCAAAUUAUCGACGUUGACGAGAAGAAUCAGCUGCUCAUCACCAAUCUGUGGCUCAAGUUGGAAUGGAACGACGUCAACAUGAGGUGGAACGUCUCGGAGUACGGAGGCGUCAGAGACCUGAGAAUUCCACCGCACAGGCUGUGGAAACCCGAUGUUCUUAUGUACAACAGUGCGGACGAAGGGUUCGACGGUACGUAUCCGACGAACGUCGUAGUCAAGGACAAUGGUACGUGCCUGUACGUGCCACCAGGGAUAUUCAAGAGUACUUGCAAGAUAGACAUCACCUGGUUUCCCUUUGACGAUCAACGUUGCGAAAUGAAAUUCGGCUCUUGGACCUACGACGGCUUUCAGCUGAAUCUUCAGCUGCAAGACGAAAACGGCGGAGACAUCAGCAGUUUCAUCACCAACGGUGAAUGGGACCUCCUGGGGGUGCCUGGCAAGAGAAACGAGAUUUAUUACAACUGCUGUCCCGAGCCUUAUAUAGAUAUCACAUUCUAUGUAAUAAUAAGAAGACGGACACUCUAUUACUUCUUCAAUUUAAUCGUACCCUGCGUCCUAAUUGCCAGUAUGGCGGUUCUUGGUUUCACCUUGCCGCCGGAUUCUGGUGAAAAACUAUCACUGGGGGUAACGAUUCUCUUGUCCCUCACUGUGUUCUUGAACAUGGUAGCCGAGACAAUGCCAGCAACGUCCGACGCCGUGCCGUUACUGGGAACGUAUUUCAACUGUAUUAUGUUCAUGGUGGCGAGCAGCGUAGUCAGCACUAUUCUCAUACUGAAUUAUCAUCAUCGAAACUCGGAUACCCACGAGAUGUCCGAUUGGGUGAGGGUCGUAUUCUUGCGCUGGUUGCCUUUUGUACUAAGAAUGUCCAGGCCAACCGACAAGGAGGAAAAAGAUGCCGCGAAAUCACAAAAACCUUCGCCCGUUACUGGUACGAGCAAAGGCUACGGCGAUCUCGAGUUGCACCAACGAAGCAGCAAGUCAUUGUUGGCGAACGUAUUGGAUUUGGACGACAACGCGCUCGCGUCGCACAACAAUUUGUUGAACAACGUUUACAGCACGCCGGGUCCUCAUCAUCACACGAUGGGUCACGGUCACAGUCAUAUACACACGACGCCUCAUCAUCAUCACAGUCAUACGGCAGCGACGACGCCGCAUCAUCAGCACGGUACGCCUCUGCCGCAUUCGUCCUAUCCGGCUCAUCCGAUAGCUCACACGCCGCAUCACCAUCAGCAUCCAACCGAUACCGGUGCCCCACCGGUCGAUACUAUACUGCAAAGCGCUUGUUUCUGCGCGCGAUACGAGCUCAUUCUUAUACUCAAAGAGAUCAAGAUAAUAACGGAUCAAUUGAAAGAUGCGGAUGAGGAUACGAAGAUAACGAACGACUGGAAAUUCGCGGCGAUGGUGAUCGACAGGAUGUGCCUAAUCAUUUUUACUUUGUUCACCAUUAUCGCCACUAUCACCGUCCUGUUCUCGGCGCCUCAUAUUAUCGUCACGUGAUUCAGAAAGCCAGGGUCUCGUACGACAUGGAUCAUAACCACGGAUGAGGUGACGGACGACAGUGAAGAUGCGAAUAAUAAAUACGAUGAUAUUAAUUACCGGGUAAUUACGAGUUGGCCAGAAAACAAAAAAAUACUUACGAGACGCGAAGAUGACGAUUCACGUAUGCGGUGCAAUUGUUGUUGUUUUUGUUGUUGUCGUCGUUGUCGUCGUCGUCGUCGCCGACGAAAAAAACAUAAUACGUACAGCGAUUCACGGAUGGAAGUCUUCUUUUUUUUUCGAUGCCUUCUUCAAGAGUCUCGUCGUUUCUUGACAACGCUAGCCGAAAGGUUCUUCGAGCGUACAUCACGUGGUUGUUUCAACUUGUAUACUCGGUCGAGAGUUUGUUGGCCUUUUUUUCAUCUCUCAAUCAUUUUAACGAAUUGAUGCGGUAUUACGAUGUAAUAUUUUCAUGACGAAAUGACCUUUCUACCAAUUGAUCAUCAGCGGUACACAUUCGACAUUUUCGAGUGUCAAAUAUAUAAACUGGCAUCAAAUCAAGAAUAACAUUACGUUCCGAUUCGAAUACCCAUUCGAGUUGUAAGCUUUUCCAAACAAACCGUUACAAUUUUUCAAAUAAAAUCUCAAUUCGUCCCUCAAAUAUUAUAUCCGGUCGCAGAGCUCGAAAAACACACACACACACACACACACACACACUGUCGCGUUAAAAAAAAAUCACACGAUUCAAACGCCACAACUCGCAAUAAUUGAUAAUUAUGCCACGUAGAGGGAGAUAACUUAAAAAAUACUCAUUUUCACCACGAACCACCGCUGAAGAGACUCGAGUAAAAACAAAAACACACACACACACACACACACACACACACACACACACACACAUGCGGGCGUGUAAACGGGGUCAAAUUUGAGCGAAUGAUUUGAGAAUUAAUGAUAACAACGGCGAUCUCAUUCAUACCGUUAGCGGACAAAAUCAUCGCGAUUCAUGGCAAGACAAAAAAAUAUGGGCGACCGAAAAUAACAGAAAACACGAAAAAAAAAAAAAAAAAACAAUUCAUUCGAAAAAAGCACGGAAGUAACACGCGAUAGAGAGGGAGAUGAAGGAGGCUCGUAAAAAACCUGAAAAUAAACUUAAACUCACUCAUAUACAGACACACACGCGCACACACACACACACACCAUAAACUAUACGCAGAAGGUAAAAAAACGUAAACUGUGCAAUGGAAGCAUAAAAGCGCACACAUUAUACUCUCAACGCAAUGAACUGCCAAGGUGAUUCAAAUGCCAGUGAAUUUUAUUAUCCGUAUCACUAGUACAUAAAGUAUGACAACUAUGGAGAUUUAUACUACGGUUAUACGUGACGUGCGAUUACAAAAAAAAAAAGUAACUCGAAAAAAAAAAAAUAAAAAAUAAAAAAAAAACAAAACAAAUCAGAAUAAAGGAGGAUGAAAAAAAAAAUAGGAUGUCGGAAAACAGGAAUAAUAGGACCGUAUUCUUCAUUAGGUUUAAACGAAAAACAAAGAAAAACAAAUCCACGCGCAAUGACGAAGAUAAAUGAAUCACGAAAAUUUCUCCCGUAGGUAAUUAUAGCUUUCUUUUAGUUGAUAAGCAACGUUUUACUUUAUAUACAUAUAUAAAUAUAUGUGUACAUACAUCGUGUGUACGUACAUACACAAAUAUAGAUGUAUUUGUUAAUGCAUUUACAUAUGUGUGUGUAUGUAUAUGAAGAGAAAAUCAUUUGAGGAUCAUCGUGAAUCGCGGGAAAUCUUUCAAUUUCAUUUAUACUCGAGGAGAAGGGAAAAAGAGUAAAAGAAAACAAAAUAAUAAGGAUACGAAGAAACCCAUGUACGUAAUUUUGUGAACGAGGUGAAAUGAGAUAUUUAACACUAAAAUAUCUCGCGGCGUAUAUAAAAAAUACUUACACAUGUACUAUGUGGCUCCUUUCGACAAUUAUAACUUCACUCUCAAGCCACCUAUAUUUUUGUCUCACCUGGCUCCUCGCCGUUUCUUCUUAUCGCGCGUAAACAAAAUUUCCUUCGUAUCCACCAAAAUCAAAAUAAAAACCUUUCGUUUUUUCUCAAUCGAAACAUGACAAGCGAUACAACGUUUCAUCUCAAAUGUAUUUUUCCAUCGCUCUAAUAGCUAAACAGAUACGUUGAACAGUGGAAUUAAGGACUGUCGAAAAGAGCUAUAUAAAUCUUGUAAUAUAUAGUUGUCUCGUACGUUUACUCCUUCAACUCGCUUUCCGGCAGCGCACGCCACGCCCCACCAAGAAGGACGUUCAACAGCGAUUAUUAUACAAAAAAUAUGGAAAGCCCACAUUGGAUUUAUCCGCGAAACAACACGAAAAAAAAGUUUAAAAACACUAAAUAACGAAUAUACAGAGAGAGAGAUAAGAAAAAAGAAGUACACACCGAACACGAAGACACAUUGAUACACGAUUACCCAAGCACAUCCAAGAAUUUCGAUUGGACACUCGAGUGCGAUAAAGCACACGAGGAUGUCUUCUACAUUAUCGCGUCUUCCAAAUCAACACAAUGACUAGUUUCGUCGACUUGCAUUGAGUUUAUUGAAAAGAAAGAAAAAAAAACGAAAAAAAAAAAAAUAAAUAAAUAAAUAAAUAAAAACAUAAUAAAAAUAAUGAUACAAAUGCAAGCUCCCAAUCGAUUGACGAAACAUUUGGAUGCUCAAAUAUUUCGCAAUAAUCGUUCACUAUUCGCUUUCCUUUCCUCUUUGUUUGUUAAGAAUUUUUUAACAAAAAAUACUCAUAAACUUCCCGCUCGUACGACGAAACGGUCCUGACUAAAGUCACUUUCUCAUCAAUUUCUCUCCGUCUGUUCUUUCAGUGUGACUUUGUUUCUUCUUUUUUUCGAUAUACUCCUCAACACCUCUCCUUGCUAACGUUUAAUCAACGAUCGAGGACUGCUUAUGUAUAUAUAGAUAUAUCUAUUCAUAUAUCCAUGUAUAUUGAUACUGGCAUACCCCUUGACCUCUCAAAAGCUUGUCUUCUUCUACGAGAUAUCAACUGAAAACAAUAUGAUGGAAUAUCAUGUAAAAAAGUUGCCUUUGUCAACGAUUGAAAGUGUAUUAUUGUCGCUAAAUUUUGCGAAGCCACGUGGUUCCCCUCCUUAAAAAAAAAUAUCAUUUUUAUCGAAUUUCGUUGCUUUACUGGUUUGGCUAUUUUGUGAUUUCGAGUAUCGAACGUGUACACGGCCAUUCGGGAUUACUAUUUUCGUUGUUCUUUUUUUUUGGUAUCAUGAUUGACGAACACAAAGAAUGUGAACCAACGAACGAGCAGUCGUCGAUUCACACCGGUAUAUUCGGUACUGAGACGGUGUUGGAAUCGCGCUGCUGCGGUAGCGAAUAAAUGAGUUAACCACGAUCGAGCUGUUCGGGGAUUUUUAUGGAGAAUCUUCGCAAUAAUUAAUCGGUACAAGAUUACUCGUAAAUUCGCCACCGCGACUACUACGAAAGGCAACAAAUAUUUUCAGUUCGUACGUUUAUUUACCUUUUUUAUAUGCAUUCCGCAUUGAAUACGUUGAGUAAUUGCCAAAUAAUUGAAGGGGUUUAUGUUGCAUUGCAACAACUCGCCAUUACAACUGCAACACUCGAUUGAAAACUCGAGACUCUCAGAGACAAGCGAAAGAGGGAAGUGAAAGAAGAUAAAUGCCGUAAUAAGCCAAGGAGAAAUUCCGGGAGAGCCACUCGGAAACUUGAAUUUUAAUAUACGAAAUCAUCAUUUAUGUCUUUUUUUACAACCGAACGAAACGAUUAAAAUAUCAAAUUAAAAAGAGAUGCAUAUAUAAUAAUUAAAAGCGAAACAAUGAAGCUUCUCCUGAACUUGUUUACGAUCUCGCGUAUUCGUAGACACUCGUAAUAUUGAGAAUUUAUUAAUUAAGGGAGUAAGAGAUAAAGGGAGAGAGUGAGCGAGCGGGCGAAAGAAAGAGAAAGAGAGCGAGAGAGAGAGAGAGAGAGAGAGAUUAGAAUGCGUGAGAUAAAAAUACGAAGAAUCAAAUACAGUUGUACAGUUGGCCAAUGGCAUUGACGCGACAACCAAUCACAUUAUCUUUUAAAUAAUAUUAACGUACCAUUAAUGAAGAUAAAAGAAAAAGAAAUGAAAACAAAAAAACACGUUGUUAAUGAUGUUACUCGAAUGAAUAAUACUAGCGUAUUAAAAAAGGAAAAUAAAUAAAUAACUAAACGAUAAUCGACAAGGGUUCCGAUCGCUAUUAAAUUCACAUUUCGGUCUUCAAAGAAUAUUUAAAAAAAAAAAAAGAAGAAAAAAAACUAAUCGCAAUGAAAACGAACAGUUUUAAGAGUAGAUCAAAGAGGGAUACGAAACGAAAUACAAGUCGUUGAAAAUUGAAACUCAAACGCCGAAACAUUACGAAGAUGAAUGAGAGGUUUGCCCAUAGUUAGGUCAUAUAAACCAAAUAUAUACGAUCGUCGCGCUUAACGGAGAAUUAAAAAAAAAAAAAAAAAAAACAAACAAAUAAAAAUAAUGAAAAGAAUUAAAAUAGAAAAAGAAAGAAAAACAUAUGGCAUAUUGGAGAUCGCGCGCUCGCGCUUUUGCUUCAAGUCGGUGGAUAAUAUUUCCAGUUUGCGAAUUUUUCGAAUUUUUGGCCGGCGAUCGCUUCACCGAUCGUCGUAGCCCGUACAUAGAUUUGUUCUCGGAUUAUUGGAGAGAAAAUAAUUUAAAAGCAUAUUAUAAUAACGAUAAUAAUAAUAAAAUAAAUUAAAAUUAAAUAAAAAUAAAAAUGAUGAAAAGGAAUAAAGUAUCGAAUAAAAAAAAGGGAUAAUUAAAUAAAAGAAAUCAAUGCGUAGAUAAACGAGAUAUGUUCGCGGCUCGUUCCCGGCUUCUCCGUAGCUCACGAGACAUAAAUUAUAACGAGAUAUAAAUUUUAAAAAUAAAAUAAAAUUUUAAAAAUAAAAAUAAAAGAAGAAAAACCACACGAACGAGAAGAGCUCGUGUCGCUUGCGAGCUCGCGAAAUAUUGCCACUUGCUUGCGAAACGAAUAGCCGUUCAUCUCGAAAAAUCAUAUGUCGAAGAAAGGAUUCCGUUGACGCGCGUUAAUAAUUAAAAAAAUAAAAAAAUAAAACUAAUAAUAAUAAUAACGAAAAUAAUAUGUAUUGCGGUUUGUUUUUCUCGAUAAUUAUGGGAUUUGUAAAUUUACGAGUGUCGCGUGAUAUCUCGAUCGUGAUUUUGUCGAAACUUUUACUAAAAUCAAGUUUGAUCAUCCAUUGUCUUCGAAUUGAAUUUUUAAUCAAAUUAAAAUAACUUAAUCGAAUAUUAAAAAGAAGAAAAAUGCUCAAAACUCCUGUACGAGGGAACGUGAAUAUUGCAAAGAGAAUUUUUCGAAAGCAAACAAACUAUAACGAAUCAAUUCACUAAUCAUUCCACUUCGAGAUGUCACUCGAUAAAUUCGAAGCUCAAAAAAUAUGAGUAUUCUCGUAUGGCAUUUUUUCGUCGAUUUAUUUCCAUCAUUAUCGUAAUUUUUGACAUUUUUCCACCACCAUUAUUCGCGCAUUUUUGCAAAAAUUAUGCAACACCGUAUGGGGCAUGAAUAAUUUCUUUUACUAGCAACUUUAAUUGAUCGAUUCCCUCGGAGGAAAGUAACAAACGAACGUUGAUGUUCGAGUCGAUUUUGCUGUUUUUUUUAAUGCGGAGUGUCCGACGAGAUUCAAGUGCCAAAAUUCGUUAACGACUGAUCGAACCGUACAGCGAUCGAUUGAAAAUACAAACGUAUGGACAGUGUAAGAGUUUGAUGCCAAACGGAUAUGAGUCUGUUCGAAUAAUUGUGCCAAGAUGAAAUAAACACCUGACAGAAAUGUUUCGUUCUACGGAAUCGAAAUGGGCUACGGAAAGAGUUGCAAACGACUGAUCUCGAAACAGAAAUGAACGACACGAUAAUUGAAAAUGGAAAAAUGAAACGCACUGAAAAGUAUUACCGUGGGUGCGUGAUAUUCGCGAAAUUAUCCUCCAAUGACAAGAGAAAAAAAUAUUGCUCGCUGUAUAAUAUUUUCUGACUGGAGAGUGAAAUUCAAUUCUCGGGAGAAAACAAAUGAAUUGGGUAGUACAAUGAGAGUUUUAUAUUCGGACUAAUUUUUGACGAUAUUAUUGUUUUUCUUUGGCUAAUUAUUGACGGAGCAACAGUGAAGUAGAAGCAAAAGUGAAAUUGAGUGUUGCUAUUUCCAGUUGAAUUUAUUUAUGUUUGUAUUUUGUAAUUUUUCGUGAGCCGUCAAAUAUUCAUACAGAACUGAUAACGAAUGUUAAGAUUUGAACGAGCCCAUUGAAUCUCAAGCAGUUUGUCUCAUUGAACCAAUAUUUUUUUAGUUUUCCCGACCUUCGUUUUUUUCCAUUUGAACUUUCCGAUUUUAUUUGCAUUGUUGGGUUACUUCUUGAUUACUCGGCUUGCCGGUAUCCGUGUGCCGGUAAAAAAAAAUCGAAAUUGCGUCCUCGCGAGUGUCGUUUCACUGGAAACUCGAGAAAAGCGACAGCCAAACGAAAGAACGUUGAACGAACCUGAUAUCUGCCUGACUGUCCCGUAUCUUCUGUCUCUUUUUUACAUCGCGAGUCGACUCAUUUCGCUGUCUGAUAGUUGUAAACUUCUAGGAUAUUUGCAUCGAGCGCUUGUAUGAGACUUUUACACGAAAAAAAAUGGCUGACUUGUCGCGAGAUCUCCCGAUAAGCGAUUGAAAACGACGAUUUAUUAAAAUGACAAAGUAAAAUAACAAAAUAAAUAAAUUUACGUAAUCGCAUGAAGAAAAGCCGCCACGAUGCCGCCUGCGCUGAGCAAGCGACGCAAUUUUGUACACGGAAGUAGCCGCACUCAGAAUUGUAAAAAAAAACCAUACCGAAAUGACGUUAAAAAAACAAUAAAUCCGAAAGCACUUACGAUUAAUUAGACGUAAAACAAAAAGAACAACGUGUGAAAAGCUCUUUUGCGCUAUUAUUUAUUUCCCCGAUUACGCGCGAUAACGUGAAACAAAGCUCUCAGUGCCCUCCAACUCUGCUUCCUUUGAUUCUCACGUCUUCCUUUCCCGCCCUCCUUCUUCGCCACGUCAUCAAAAUCGAAAUGAAUAAAAAAGAAUAUAAGAAAAAACAAAACAAGAAAGAAUCACCGAGGAUCUGUUAGAUGAACGAUAAUAGAGAAUACUUUAAUGAAGAAGAAAAAAGCUCUAAAUUUAAACGGAACUAUUAAAACGCGUACCAUUAAACAUAAUCUAUACAUAUUUAAACUAUUGAAUGCUAAAAAUCAUAUUCGUAUAAACAAAAAUGUGAAAAUAAGCAUUAAAAGAAUAACAAAAUAAAAGUGAAUAAUCAAUUACCGAGUAUUAAAGAAACUUAGUCUGUAAUCGAUAGUGACGUAGUAGUGCUAUGCCAAAUAAUUUUAGGAAUCGGUUCAACGUAGUUUACUUAGUAAUUUAGGGUCAAUCUUUAUCGAGAAAACUUUCUCUCUAAACUAAAACAAAAAAAGAAAAACCAAAACCUAAAUAUCUCAAACUUACCUACGAAUUUAACAAAAGAAGAACAAAACGAAACGAAACAAACUGAAAAAAAAGAUAAGAGUAUGUAAUGCUGAAAAUUUCAAGAAAAAAAAAACAGAUUUAUGAGGAUCUAUAAAAAAAAGAAAAAAAAAAAUAACAACAACAACUCUUCUAUACUUUCAUCUCCUGAACUUCAAGAAUCGUAUAGUAAUUCGGACUCUGUUCCAAAUCAGUCUUUAACCGGCUGAUAAACGUUAUACGAUCACGAAGAAUAUUUUAAAGCGAAAAUCUUCCGUUAAUAAUAAAAAUUAAAAGAAAAAAAAAAAUAUAUACGUUACAACCAGUUGAUGAGAUUGAGAGAGCUGUCCUCUUGAAGAAUAAGAAUAAAAAGAAGAAGAAAAAAAUAAAAAUAAAACGAAAAUAAGAAAAACAAAUAAGAAAAAACGACGAACGAUCGUGAGACGAUGCAACGGAAUGACUCACCUGUUUUCUCACUUGACUUUUCAUUAAUGCCUCGAGAACAGCCUGGUUCAAAUAAAUAGUAAAUUCAUAUUGAAGGAGUAUAAAAAGUAAGAAAAAGGAGAAAAGAAAAAAAAUUUGUUAUAUUUCUAUGCUGGGUUCUAUCUCGAGGCAAACGUUGAUUGAUAUGAGAAUCCCUGUUAACUGGUGAGCACAUAAAUCACCGCAUUGUAAUAUUAUUGACAUUAUUACGUUAUUAUGAAAUUGUUGAAAUAAACGAAAUGAAAAUAAA